CCUUUCCUUGGUCAUACAGUAUCUGACAACUUAUACAUUUGGCCCAAUCAAAUCACCGUGAUGUAAGAUAUGAAUCAACAACAUGCACUUCUAACCACACAACCUGUCUAUUGUAGGUGAACAUCUUACCCGACAAGGGACUCAAUGGCUUGAAGAGGAACAUGUUUGUUGAGAACGUUGUGGCGAUACUGAAAGAAAGGACGGAGAGUAACGAGGCUAAGCAGCAAGCUCUGAAGGAAUUCAUGUGCCCUGAUCAUAAUGAAAUCAUGAAUCUGGUGUGUCUGCAGGAUAACACGCUGAUCUGCGCAGGAUGUAAGCUGUUCGGCCACCACAGCACCCAUGCAGUGUCCAAGCUAUUACAUGUGUACGAGCAGAGAAAGGAGAGCUUCGCCAAACAGAUGAAGAGUCUGCUGGACAAACAUGAAGCAAACAAACAAUGCAUUGAGGGUUUGGUGGGCCAGAAGCAGGACCUCCUCUCCUCCUCUAAGGACAUUGAGGCUUUCCUGAAGAAGCUGGGGGACAGUCUGAUCUGGGAGAUCCAGAUGAAAGUGAGACACAUGGUCAUGAGGGUCCACACGGAGUGCUCCAUGAGGUGCCGUUGCCUCCAGGAUGGCAUGGACGAGCUCAGCGCUCCCCAGAAGGUCCACGCUGAGAUGAAGAAACAUGUAGAUGCCAGUAAGAGCCCUGUUGACUUCCUGAAGGGGGAGAGGCGUCUACACAGAGAGGCUGAGAAGGUCCUGGAGCCAGUGGACUGGUCAGCCCAGUAUAGAGAGUCCAUCUCCCUGGGUCAGUACGUAGAGGACCUGAUGUCCGGCAUUGACGUCCGCAGGAUGGGCAUCGUGAGAGGGAAGAGCCUGGUCAAGAACAUCUCUCAGGACCUCAAGGCCUGGAGGUCUGGGCGGACCAGCUUUGACCCGAUGGCCUACAGGAGUUUGGACGUGAUGCUGACCAAGACAGCCUCCCUGGCGGAGCAGGGCGAGGACGACUCAGAUGACUCAGACUCUGACGCCUGCCUCAGCUGGGAGAUACACAGCAUUUCUGAAGAGGAAGGGGCCACCGGAGAAAGCAGCAAACAGAAAGCUUGAGAAUUCAGUAUACGCCAAAUACGC